AUGACUGAUGUGCCACCAAUCAAUAGAAUUCGAAGAGAAUCAACAUUAUCCAGAGAUGAAUAUAGAGAAAGAAUAGUACAAGAAAUAUUGGAAACAGAAAUUUCGUAUGUAGAUUCACUUCACACUUGUAUUGUUUAUUAUUAUGAAAAACUUCAAACAUGCCAACCACCAAUACUAAGUCGUAAACAAAUAGAAGAUAUAUUUCUUUAUUUUGACCAAGUCUAUAAUGUCAAUCAAGCAUUUUUGAAUGAUUUACAAACAUACAAAAUUGAAGGAAAAUUAAGUCGUAGUAUUGGAGAGACAUUUCAACGAUUUAUUCCUUAUUUAAAAGUAUAUUAUCAAUUUAUUGGAAAUUCAGGUGUUUCAUUACAUACAUUAACUGAAUUAGAACAAUCUGAAUACAUUUGUUCUGUUUUUGAAGAUUUAAGAUGUCAAAUACCUGGUACAAAUCAAUUAGACCUAAGGGGAUUUCUUAUUAUGCCAGUACAACGAUUACCACGAUAUAAUUUAUUACUUACUGAUUUAUUAAAAAGAACUCCUAAUACAUAUGUUGAUUAUCCUAAGAUAGAAAUUGCACUAAAAGAAAUGAAAAAAUUAACUGAUUCUGCAAAUAAAGCAAUUAUAGCUGCAGAAAGAAGAAGAAGAUUAUUUUUAAUUGAAGGAAAAAUAUCAGGUUUUUCUGGAAAACUUGUUGAACCUCAUCGAUGUUAUAUUAAAGAAGGAAUGUUAAUGAAAGUAUGUCGUAAAACAAUUAAACCGAGAUAUUUUUAUUUAUUUAAUGAUAUUUUAAUUUAUGGAAUUGGAGAUUCAAAUAAUAUGGUUAUUUCUCAAGUUGUAGAUGUAGCUAAUAUUGUUGUAAAAAAUGUAGAAGGAAGUAUUAAUGGAUUUGAAUUAUUUACUAAUAAGAAAUCAUUUGUUGUAUAUGCAAUAGAUCAAAAUGAGAAACAAGAAUGGAUAAAUGAAAUUAAUAAAGCAGUUGAAAAAAUGUUAAAUACAUUAAGAACAAGAAAUCAAUUAAAUGAUGAUACAUUUAUUAAACCAUUAUUUGUUCCAGAUGAUACUGUAGUGAAAUGUAUGAUUUGUAAUAAACCAUUUUCAUUUUUUAUAAGAAGACAUCAUUGUAGAUUUUGUGGUAAAUGUGUUUGUAAUGAUUGUUCUUUAAUGAGAUUACCUCAACCACCACUCAAUAUAUUUGAAAGAACUUGUUCUAUUUGUGUUGAUAGAAGAUUAUUGUCAGCUCAACCUAUUGAUAAAGAUUUAAUAAGAAGUUCAUUAUUUAGUUUAGAUUCAAUUUCAAUAGAACCUACAUCUCUAUUACUCAAAUAA